CUAAGCCACUUCCCAGCUUCUCUCAGAUAUUCAAGAACAAUACUGAGGAACCUUCGCUCUCAUCACCAUGGACAGAACGGCUGCUGUUGUCCUCUGCUCCGUGCUGCUGCUCGUGGCUGAAAUCCAAGGAGCUCCAAAUGCUGGAAGAGGACGAUGCCUGUGCACAGCAAAAGGUUCUAACUUUCUUCCACCAAAAUCCUUGGCAAAACUAGAAGUGUUUCCAAAGAGCUCUUCCUGCGAGCACCUUGAGAUCAUUGCCACAUUUAAGGACUCUAAACAGCAAGUGUGCCUGAACCCGGAUUCGAAAUGGGUGCAGAAAAUAGUGAAAAACCUCAUCAAGAGAAGGUCUAAACGUGGCAGCGCCCUGUAAGAUAGAUGAUGCACCAGCAAGAGAUGUCUCAAUGAACUAGCAAUGUCACAGAGAUUCAGGGUGUUUUCUGUGAGUGUCUUCUAUCCAGCUCUACAGAACACUGAUGCUGCAGCUGAAACUUUAACUGUGGUCUUCAACACUAACUCAUGCCUCUGCUAAUGUAACCUGUGAGUGAUGACAGUGCUGAAACGCCAAGCAUACCUCAGUCAAACAAAGUGAUGCACUUAAUCCUCAGUAACAAAGAGAGCAGCUUGAGCUGACUUUGGUCAAGGGGGUCAGCUCAUGGCUAAAAGUGUAAAUACUCAGAUGGUUUCUGCUUCCUUGAUCAGCAAGUACUUCCUGGACUAGCAGAAGUUGGAUUUUCCAGUUAUCAUUAUAAUUCCUAAUGCUGUUCCCACUCAGCUUAUGCUGAGUGGUCCUUAUGGACAUAAGACUCCAAAAGUAGUUGUUAUGCUAAGAGAAACUAACUUAAUUCUUUGAUGUAUAUAUUAUUUCAUGCUAUAGUAAUGUACAUAAUGUAGAAAUGGUUGUAUGUGUGGGCUGCCAGGUACUUGCCCACUGGGUCUGUUAAUAAAAUAAAAUAUGUCUUAGAAUAUAAAAA